CUACUUCACAGGCAGCCGGCGGAGUAGAGCCACCAGUCCGAGUUGGUUGAUCCGAGGCAACGAAACACACCGACUGGCAUCCGCGCUGGAUCCGAGCGAGGGUCCGUUAUCACUGCGUCCGACACACACACACACUUACACACUGCCCGGUGCACCGCAGGAUGAACGCGCUCUGGAGGUUUGGACACUUUGGACAGCAGCGCGCAGGGUAGAACAGGAUUUAGUGGAGAAGUUGGUUUUCUCUGCAUCGGUGCCCGAGCAGAGUACUCUCGCUGUCAAGUCGUGAGAGAGAUUUCUGACUUUUUUCUCCCUCCACUGUCGCCAAACUUCUCCCCAAAGCUCUGGGACUAACGGAUUUUAAAGUAGUUUUGUGGAUUUGUAUAAAGUUUACUGGAGAAUAAAGCCUGGUUUUCUUCUUCUGAAUGCUUGGUGACAUCUGAAAGACGGAGAUUUUGGAUACAAAACGUGAUAAUUUGGGUCAGUGACGGGGAGUCGUUGGAUCAUUUCUUGCGGCGUUGGAGGCUGCCCUUCUGCUGGACAGCAUGCGAUUGGAGGAUGUUGUCUGAGUCGGGCCUCGCUGCUCUGCGUCUCACCUCGUCCUCUAGAGGAAUGACGGCUCUGUGGUGCUCACUCUGGAUUUCCUGCCUCCUGCCUCUGUGCGUCGCUCCGGCCCGGCUGCCCACCGCUCAGCCCACAGACUCUGGGUCUAGUGAGUCAACGUUCCUGGAGGACCAUGUCCUGGGCAUGGGGGAAAACCUGGAGAUACCAUGUGACCUGGAGGACCACUCAGAGCCCGUUGUCUGGUUCAAAGACGGCGCCGGGCUGGUUCCUGGCAACCGGACGCGGCUGGGCCAGAGGUUGUUGCGCAUCAUCAACGUGUCGUACGAGGACUCGGGCGUUUAUUCGUGUCGGCUCGCACAAAGCAACACGCUGCUCAGCAACUACACCGUCAGGGUGACAGAUUCACUCUCAUCUGGUGAUGAUGAAGACUAUGACGAAGACCCAGAAGAUACAGGUAAUGAAAAUGCAGAAGCUCCAUAUUGGAGCCGGGCUGACCGGAUGGACAAGAAGCUGCUGGCUGUUCCUGCCGCCAACACAGUAAAGUUUCGCUGCGCCGCGUCAGGAAACCCGCAGCCCACCAUCCACUGGCUGAAGAACGGGAAAGAGUUCAAGGGAGAGCAGAGGAUGGGAGGCAUCAAGCUGAGACACCAGCAGUGGAGUCUGGUGAUGGAGAGCGCCGUGCCGUCAGACCGGGGAAACUACACCUGUGUGGUGCAGAACAAGUACGGCGCCAUCACCCACACCUACCAACUGGAUGUGCUCGAGCGCUCCCCCCACAGACCCAUCCUGCAGGCCGGCCUCCCAGCCAAUCAGUCGGUGGUGGUGGGCAGCGACGUGGAGUUUCACUGUAAGGUAUACAGCGACGCCCAGCCGCACAUCCAGUGGCUCAAACACAUGGAGGUCAACGGCAGCCGCUACGGCGCCGACGGCGUUCCCUACGUCAACAUCCUGAAGAGUUUUGACAGUAGACAAACUGAGGCCCACAGUAAGUUGAAACUGUCCAACGUGACAGAGAGAAAUGCCGGGAAGUACUGGUGUCGCGCCUCAAACUUUGUAGGCAGGUCGGAAAAUGCUUUCUGGCUCAUGGUGCACAAACCAGCAGUCAGCGCUGAAAAGGAGGACUACUACGCAGACAUCCUCAUCUACGUGACGGGCUGCGUGCUCUUCAUCCUCGCCUUGGUCAUCGUUGUGCUUUGCCGCAUGAGGAUGACGACACAGAAGACGCUGCCAACGCCACCCGUGCAGAAACUGUCAAAGUUCCCCCUUAAGAGACAGGUAACAGUGUCCUUGGAUUCUAACUCCUCCAUGAACUCCAACACCCCGCUGGUGCGGAUCGCCCGCCUCUCCUCCAGCGACGGACCGAUGCUGGCCAACGUCUCGGAGCUGGAGCUGCCCUCCGACCCCAAAUGGGAGUUUCCUCGCACACGGCUGACUCUGGGCAAACCUCUGGGCGAGGGAUGCUUCGGGCAGGUGGUGAUGGCCGAGGCUAUCGGCAUCGACAAAGAGAAGCCCAACAAGCCGCUGGAUGUUGCUGUGAAGAUGCUGAAAGUGCCUCAUCAUGGGUUCUUUAUUCCUUUUCUGUUUUCCUCAGAUGACGCCACGGAUAAAGACUUGUCAGACCUGGUGUCGGAGAUGGAGAUGAUGAAGAUGAUUGGAAAACACAAAAACAUUAUCAACCUGCUGGGAGCGUGCACACAGGACGGGCCUCUGUACGUCCUGGUGGAGUACGCCUCUAAGGGCAACCUGAGGGAGUACCUGCGGGCGAGGCGGCCGCCGGGCAUGGACUACUCCUUCGACACCUGUAAGAUCCCCGACGAGCAGCUCACCUUCAAAGACCUCGUGUCCUGCGCCUACCAGGUGGCCCGAGGCAUGGAGUACCUCGCCUCGCAGAAGUGUAUCCACAGAGACUUGGCAGCCAGAAACGUCCUUGUGACAGAGGACAACAUUAUGAAGAUCGCCGACUUCGGUCUCGCCAGAGAUGUGCACAAUAUAGACUACUACAAAAAGACCACGAACGGUCGUCUCCCCGUGAAAUGGAUGGCUCCGGAGGCUCUGUUCGACCGGGUCUACACGCACCAGAGCGAUGUGUGGUCCUAUGGGGUGUUGUUGUGGGAGAUCUUCACUUUGGGAGGCUCGCCGUACCCCGGUAUCCCAGUAGAAGAACUGUUUAAGCUGCUGAAGGAGGGACAUCGCAUGGACAAACCUGCCAACUGCACGCAUGAACUGUACAUGAUCAUGAGGGAGUGCUGGCACGCGGUGCCGUCGCAGAGACCGACCUUCAGACAGCUGGUAGAAGAUCACGACCGGGUUUUAUCCAUGACCUCCACCGACAGAGGAUUGACGGUCUAACCUCUGCCCUCUCCUCUGACAGGAGUACCUGGACCUGGCGGUGCCCUUCGAGCAGUACUCGCCCACCUGCCAGGACUCAAACAGCACAUGCUCCUCGGGAGACGACUCGGUGUUCGCCCACGAAGCGCUUCCUGAAGAGCCCUGUCUUCCCAAACAGCUCCCCAGCAACGGGGUGAUAAGGACAUAAAAUCUGAGCUUGGAGAGGGGGUUGGACUUUAACCUCCUCUCACAGUUUGCGAUUAACCUCUCAGUGACUCCUCGAGAUUUGGAAACUCAGCAUGCAAUACUUCCACAGUGCUUCAGCUCUUCGAUUCGUCUUAAAUCUUCUUUGACUGAGUUGUCCUCCUCCUCCUCCCCAACAGACUCUUGGAAACAUUGAAGGAUUAUUUUUUGAACCAUGUUCUGAAAUUAUAUUUUUGUACUCGGGCCAGUCUUUUCUUACGGACAAUCUGUUGGGUGAAACCAUUCCGUGCCUACUGGGAUAAAUAGACCUCCUGAGAUUGACUUUUAAAAAUGGAUAUAAGAGGAGGAAGUGAAGGGCAUUGGUCAGUGACUGCUUUGCGAUCCAGUAGGCGAGGACCUCAGAUUUGUAUCCCCUCGUCUGCGCGGAGCCCUCAAAUCGUGAUAAAGGUUUGGGAAUCCGUUGACAAGAAACCAGCAAAGCCAGAAUCAACUCCACGAUGGGACUCUUUCCUCCCAAGACCCUUUUCUAUUACAGAAGAGCUCAACAACAGAGAGGAUCACAUGAGCAUGUAACGUGUUUUUCUCAUCAAUCUGUACAACCUUUUAGCAUCCCGACAACAAAAAAAGGUUUUGUGAUAAUCAUGAAACAAAUUCCUCAUCAAGCGUGAGGUGAAGUUUCAGGGCCAUUCAGUAAUUAGUAAAAUAAGGUUUAGAGUUUGUUUAUGUAUGUAGAAAAAUGAUUUAUUGUAAAUAUAUAAAUGCAAAUAUGUAUCAUAUUGCUGUUUACAGCCAUGUACUUAAAAGACAAAAAAUUACAUUUUCUUAAAGUAUUGUUUUUAGGAAGCAAUCUAGAAGACACUGUCAUGAAAGUGUAAAUCAUUUAAUCAUUUAAAGUGAUACAGAAAAGGUUUAUUUGAAUAAUUAACGUGUAUAUUUGUAAAGAUAUUUAUAGACUUAACAUGUGGUUUCUUAAGUUGGAAAGGUCUAGUUUAGGAUUUUAGUACUGUACGCAAAGAUUUUAUUUCUUUUUGUAACUUAUUUUACAACAGAACUGCAACGUUUUUUCACAGACUCCUCUGGUUUUAGAUCCAUCUUUGUUAUUAUUUUUCUGGGCAGUUUUUGAAAAGAAAAUAAGAAUGUAUAAGAGAAGGGAAGAUGGUUAUUGGGCGGGAGAGUGAUUCGACCGCCAGAGGAGGACUGGGGAACUGAAGGCUCCCGCUGAAGGGCAGCCGGACGUUUCCGCUGAGUUCAGAUUCUGAUUUGAAAAGUUGACGUUUGCAAUAUCAAGCAACGAUUAGCUCUUGCUGGGCAAGAAAUGGCAGCGCUUCAAGAUAUGUACAGAGAGGCCUUUUAGUACGAAUCAAGUACUUUAAGACAUUUUGAACACCCACAACAAUUUGCUGUGAAACAUGAAGAGCCUUCAGAGAACCUCAGCCGCCUUUUAAAGAAAAAAUCCUUCGACUAAUGUUUCAUUUCAUUGUAAUGUCAUUACAUUUGAGAAUAGACACAACUUUAGUUAUAACUGCAUUUCCCAGAAUGAUUUUUAGCUGAAAUUUGAAAACAUGCAAGUUUUACCCACAUUUUUGUAAGAGCCACCAACUACAAAGAAAAUUGACCAUGACAUGGCUCUCCCCGAACCUAAUCUGCAUUAUUGUGCAAUGCAUUCUGGGAUUUUGAGUCCAGUCAGUGGCGCAAACCGUGAUCUGUUCCUUUUUGAGAAUCACACAUAAUUGAUGAUUAUCGCUCCUUCUGAGCCUCAACACCACAUUCUGACAUUGACCUUUAACACCCAAGAAUACAUUAUACGACAAAAAGGACCCAGGAAUGCACCUUCACAAUUAUCUUUUACAGAGUUAAAGCAUUUAUAGAUGGAUAUUUUUCUUUUAAAGGUAGCUCUGAAGGCUUCAAACUCUUUUAUUCUAACGGAAAGGUCACAGGGUGGAUUCUAACAAGCUGCAUGCGGUGUCAAGGUGCCCUUGAGCAAAACACUUGUGAAUUAAAAUAUCAGCUUGAAGGCAGAGGUGUGAAGCUGUUAUGUCCGUUUGUUCGAGAGAAAAAAACCUGCCCAUACGCUUGAGAUUUUAUCGCUGCUCUAUAGUAUUAAUACUGAAAUGAAGGCAUGCUGUGCGACUUACGAGUCAAACAGCAAAAUAUAUAUAUAUUAUAUAAACAGUAUAUAUCAGUUUGUUUACCCUGAAGUAUGUGGUGGAUCCUGAGCUUAGUUUGCAAAAGUGCCAAAUUAGUCUUAAAAGUCUAUUUCUCCGAGUUCAUCAGAUCUCUGAACCGAACGCUGCACUGUGGAAUGUAGGCGGGCGGAGGUUACAUGUGCAGGGAAGGAUUGCCAAAUGGAUAUCUCCCCUUCUUUUUAUGCAGUCGUUUCUCCAGCUGACCCCAAGAAAGUGAAAGGGUUGAAACGUUUACAGAGUCUGAAUUUAGUCACAAAAGGGAAAGCGACGUUUGGAAAAGCAGACAUUUGAAGGGUUCAGAAACACGAUUCACUCGCUGCUAAAUGGAAACGGUGGUAACACUUUACUGUGCAAUGGCCUUAUUCUAGUGUGUGAACUGAAUUUUUGCAGAGACAUUUAUUGUAAUUACCCAACAAGACUGUCUCAGUACUUAAUGAAAUCCCCACCAAUGUUUAAAGUACUUAAAAAUCUGUAUUUAUUUCUAUUCCUACACUGGGAGAUUUUUAAUUUUUAGCACCAAUUUAUGUGAUUUUUCAUUGGUUUAUGCACAAAAACAAGGCCUUUGUGAAGUGAAAGGUUACACCCAGUUAUUGUUAUUUCUGUCUUGAGUGCAGUUUUGGCCCAAAUCUAUGAAGUGCCUGGAAUCAUUUAGCGAACAAAAAGGAGAUUAAUUGAUUUAUUUUGACCAUGUUUUGAUUGUAUCAUUUGCAAAAUAUAAAAAAAGAUAAAAGAAGCAGUUCUCUCUGGAAGUAAGUAUUAGCCUUUGAAAGACAAAAAGGCACUUGUGUAAAGGUUGGAUGGAUCUAAUGAAACGCUGUUUUGUUUUAUUUAUUCUUCCAUGCUGGGUAAAAGCUUUCCCUAUGGUGAAAGUAUUUGUUGUUCAUAGCUUUUCAGUGUUUUUUCAUUAAAGAGCCAGAACAUGAUGAUGAGAGUAGUCUUUUUAUCAGAUACUGAUCAGGCUUUGCUCCUGUCUUCAUCUAUCCUUUUAUUUUAUUUUUAUUUGGAUGCCCUCCUUUGCCUUUUUUUUUAUUCUAUCAAUCUUUCUUUGACUCUGAGCCUCUGUCUCUCUGUUCUUCAUUUUUAAAAGGAUGUGUUGUUUUUAACAUUUGUGUUGUUAAUGGCAGCAAAAGUAAAGCACUGUAUUUUCCAAAAUGCAAUAUAUUCUAUCUUUUAUAAUAGACAAAAUCGCAGCCAAGACCUGAAAUGAUGGACUUUCCUCGAGGUAAUUCAAAGCAAUUUUCAAACAAAUGAAACUUUAUCUUAAGCCUUUAAAGGAUGUCCUGGCUUAUGGAUUGUUGCCAUCCUAUUAAAAUCACAAAUCUCCAAAGUGGCAGCUUUUUACUAAGGAAGAAGGAAAUACAGUUGAAUAUGAAGCGUAGGUUUUUCCGCAUGUCAGACUCAUACAUGUACAUAAAUCUGCUUAGAAAACCUGAUAAAAGACGUCCCUCAUGGCUCCAAAAGAAUUGGCUUGUUUUUAAGUUUAAUUAAGUAACAAAGUAAUACUAUUCUAACGUACAUCCAUGACAAACUAGAACUGAGCCAAUUCGUUACUUUUAAUAAGGCCAAUUUGCCAAAAUGUAAAGAAAUAUGAAAUAAAAAUCUUCAAGCGUCCGAUGGCUUUCCCUUGGCAACUAUUCCCAACUGUUGCUAACGAUUGAAAGCCAGUGUUGCUAAGAUACGGCCAAUCAAUUCCAAUCGGAAGCUUUCUAACAUUAGCACUGAUUCACACUAGGUAUUCGUUUUGAUAUAUGAUAUUUCGACACCGAAAUCGGACAGAAAGAAACAGGAUACAGUUGUGUUCUAGAAAAUGAAAUAUGUUAAGCUAUAUAUAUAAACAUUUCCUUUGAGUUAAGUUGAUGCUUAACCAAUUUCUAAAACAGAAAAUGUGGAGGUUUAAUUUUUGAGUCUGGUGCAAAUAUGUCAGUAUUGUGUUGCCCAACAGACAGAUGUUAAAAACAACACAUUUAUUUUAUGAGUGAACAUGUUUUCUUUGCUAUUGAAUGAUUAAACAGCAUGGCCUCAGCAGGGAGCGACUCUUACUGUAUGUACAGUCACACAUCGGCCUUUACCCACCUGUUGUCUCUACUCUGACUGACUUAUUUAUUCUCUUUCUGCUCAACAAAAGAAAAAAAUCAGGAUUGAAAAUGAAAUUUGGAGGAGAGGGCUGUUAUCUCGGCUUCGUUUGGUGUCACAGAUAUACACCUUUCCUUCCAGGGAUAUCAACUAUUCAUAUUUCACAUGUUUUUAUUGGUUUCACACGGUUUUUCAUCCCAUUUUCAUUUUGUCAUGCCGUUCUAACCCAACAAUGUUAGUGCAGAUUAAUUUAUAGUUUGAAAUAUGCUUUUACGUUGCUGAGUUAGUUUUAUGUAGCUAUUUUUGAAAGAACUAUAGAGAGGAAAUGAUUUUCAUAUACAUUUAUUUCAUUUUGCAAUCCACAUCAGGUUUUGUCUUUUUUUCCCCCAACCCCACAUCAUGAAUUGUUCGUCCCUCUGAACUCAUGUUUCUAACAUAGAAAGGUGAAACUAACCAUUUGGCAUUAUGUGAGUUUUUUAGUUGUUGUAAUUCAUAGCUUCAUGCUUGUUUGUUGCAAUGUACCUGUUUUGAUCAUGAUGAACGCUCUGUAACAUUCCACCACAAAGAACCCUCUGGGCAAACAUCUCCCACUGAGGGGAAAAACUACAAUUUCACAACUCUCUCUCAGUCUCUCUAUCUCUCUCUGUGCCUGACAAACUAUGCUGUCACAAGGUUUUCAAUAAACAUGUUAUAAUAGCG